CCAUUUUGUUGGCUAUGUUUAGCAUGCUAGCAUGCUAGGACGUGAGUAGGGAUAUAAACACAGCAGUUGGCAAAGGAGGAGCAGCACUAGUCAAGAUGCCCUGUUAACAGCAGCAUGUUCCAAGGCACAACACCCCAUUCAAAAUACAUGCCAGUAAUCUAAGUUUCAGCCAUCUAAGACACGUUAUGGGUUCUGCAGAAAGCAAAGAAAAGAUGUACUGUACCAGGUACAUGAACGGGGGUGGACCUCUGCCACUGCCUGAGCAAGUUGACAGAAGCAUCAAUGGAACAAGCACUUUUAAACGAGGCUCUGAAGUAGUGGAGGGAGAUCAACCAGAUGGAGGCCAAAUGACAGUGACGGUACAAAGGAGGAGUGUUGAAGGGUACCCAGACUGUGACACCUUACAGAUCAACUUUGUGUUUGAGGAUGGAAUACAGACGGAAAAGCAUCCUAAUCCAGGGCAGAAGUAUUAUGGGUUGAGCACAGUGGCCUUUCUGCCUAUGAACAAUGAGGGGACGAAGGUUUUCAAGCUGUUGGAAGUAGCAUUCCAGUGCAAGCUGCUGUUCAAAGUGGCAACCACUAACAGUGGAGAAGAAUGCGUCACCUAUACAGAUAUUCCCUUAAAAAUCAGGGAGAGCGGAGGACCUGAGAGCUAUGGUUAUCCAGACCCAAACUAUCUGAAAACUGUCUUGAAGAUCCUGAAAUCUAAAGGUAUCAAAUGAGAGGAGCAGCUAAAGGAUGGACUGACAUACUCAGCAUGAUUCUAACUGGACUGUGUGUGGGAUUUGGUCAUUUGAGAUUCAAGGAUGUCAAGUUUCACAACAAGAAAUUACAUUUUUGUCUUGAUGAAUAAGCAUGUGAUAAACGUGGCCACAUACAGUAAACAUUAAAAGGUGCUAAGGUGUGUUUUGAAAGCUUUGUUUUAAAAGAAGGGAUAAGAAUGUGUUCUGCCAUAUCAUUGGACUUACUGGGUGUGUAUAUAUACAUAUAUAUAUAUAUAUUUUUUUUUUUUCUUAUUGUGCAAUAUGUUACAUGUUAGUUUUUAAAUAUAUUCCUUUCUUUCUUUCCUACUUUUGUUUCUUGAGUCUAACUUCUGUCUCGCUCUAAAAUAGGUCAAUUAUGUUGCUUCCCAAAUAAUCAUUUAAAAUAUUUCCGUGGUUGCAUGGCAAAGGACUUUAUGCAUUAUAAGAGGCUUACUCAUCAUGCAUCUGAUCAUCAGGUGCCACAGCAGUCCAAGGCUACUGGAACUAGGGGAGGAAAACUUCUACUUUCAGCUGGUCAGAUGAUAAUAACUCUUUUUUGCAAACAGUAGCAUGGCCAGGAGAGGCAGAAAGAAGGAACGCUUACCUACAUACUUGUCUGCAUGUCCUUUCUUGCCUAACUACUCUCUGCGGUCUCUCUCUGACCUCUAAAAUGAUCUUCAAUGAUGUGAUAGUACUGCUAAAGCUCUCUUCAUGCUUAAUUAUUUGGUUUCACUACAUUAUUUACAUAUAAUUAUGUUAUAUGUUAUAUAUUAUAUAUUAAUGUGUUUGUAUAUCAUUAAUCAACUAAAUACACAUCUCUUGCAUGGCAUGAGAUAGAAAAACCUACCCAUGUAAAUAUAUAUAUAUAUAUAUAUAUAUAUAUAUAUAUAUAUAUAUAUAUAAUUAUAAAAUAAUGCUCUUACUAUGUUUAUUUCAGAUGUAAUUCUCUGGAGUAAUUAUGAAUCCAAUUUCUUCAAUGUAUUGAUUUUCAAAAUUAAAGACUGACUGCAGUGUAUAGUUUUUCAUCUCUUCUACUAAUUAGUCAAAAUCCAAAUGGAUUUAUGUUUUGACAUAAGUAGUGUAGAGGGACAAAACCCGUUUUUUUGCCUCUCACGUUUCAGACUCUAAGGACGUUAUAUUUGAUUCAUCAAGUAGGAUGGGGAGUGUAAAUUAACAACACCCAGUAAUGGGAAAAAGUGAACAUUAAAUGUUCUCAAUUGACAUUCAUUUGUUAAUAUGGAUUUACCACAGAUCCAUUCUUCCUCUAGCCAGAGGGAAAGCAACAUCAGAAGCCUCCUUUGUGAAGUAAACACCACUGGUAGAUAUAUAUUUUUGUCUGUCUGCUACCCGUCCGGCAGAUUGCAGAGUGUGAACUUUCCCAGGAUGACGGAGGCCCUUCUGUUCUCUUCAAACUGAAUUAUGGGCUGGGCUUCAUACAGACAAUAAAGUCUAAUCGGAUUGGCGGGCCCCAUUAAAGAGGCCUCUGUCAUCUCCACGGGCGUUCUUAAACCACUUUCUCCUGGACGCUCCACCAGGAGUCAUCUGUCCCAACUGUCAGCCUCCACCGCCGUCGUGACAGCUAUCAAAUCUAGCUUUGCUACAUCACCUCUUCUUCCUCAUCCUCUACUACCCUCCAUGCCUUUAAC